GCCUGAUAAAUGGAAUUCGAGGCUGUCUCCUUACUUCAUCUCCAUGUCCUGGAUCUCUCAAUAGGCUUGGGGGCCAUAGGCUGGGGCACUUCCCCUCACACCCGCUGUGCCAGUCUCCUGUUGGUACCCAAGAUGCUGGGCAAAGAAGGCAGACUCUUUAUCAUGGGAUAUGCUCUGGCUUCCAUCUACAAAGGGCCGGUGGCCAAUCUACAGUACAACAUCAAUGAGGUGAUAGCAUCCCUGGGCUGCACCGUGGAGCUGCAGAUCAACAACACCCGAUCCGCCUGGCGCGUCUCCACGGCCCCUCUGCGGGCAGUGUUCAAGGAUAUGCUGAGCAGCAAAGACUCACUGAAAACAGAGAUUGCAAACGUCUCGACCUCCUUUGAGGACCUGGAUGCCCAGGUGGAGAGUAACAUUGGCUACUCGCCUGAGGACAAGGACAUGGACACGGCCCCAGGCACGAAGGCCCUCGGAACCGGAACCUCCAGAGCCAGACACCGCCUGUCCACACAGAUGGUGUAUGAGCUGAAGACCAAGAUGCGCUGUUCCCAUGUAGUGAAUAAGGCCAUACUGAGCUGCUACCGCUGGUUUGACAAAAAGCAUCAACAGUGCAUGCAACGCAUCCAGGUCCCACUCCUGAACAGCCUGCUCUGCCUGCCAAUGAAGUUCAAGUUCUUCUGUAACAUUGCCAAGGUGAUGGAGAUCUGGUGUCACAAACGCAUCCCCGUGGAAGGCAACUUUGGGCAAACCUAUGACUCGGUCAACCAGUCUAUUCAUGGUCUGUCUGGAGAAUUUUCAGCCAAUAUUGACAUUAAGGAGCAGAAGCAGUCUGCAGUGUUGGGUCUCAACACGAACUGGGAACACGUGAGCGUCGAGGUGCGGGACUACGUUCGCCAGCAGGAGGCCCAUCUGCAGUGGGCUGUGGGGCUGAUGCACGUGCUCCUGUCCUGCACCUUCCUGCUGGUCUUCCAUGCAGCCUUCUCCUACAUGGAUAACUACAACUGGGACAUCCGCUUUGACAACAUCUACAUCAGCACCUACUUCUAUCAGAUCGAUGCCCGCAGGAAGAAGCUGGGCAAACAGAGUCUGUUGCCACUCCGCAAGGCAGAAACGAAAUCCGUCAUCUUCCCUUUCAAGGCCACUAUCCAGGCCACGGAGAUGCGCAAUGUGAUAAGGGAGCUCCUAGAGACACUGCCCAUCCUCCUCCUGCUGCUGGUGCUGUUUGCAAUCGACUGGGUGCUCUACUCCAUCUUUGACACCAUUGGUCACCACUCCUUCGUGCAGUACUCCUUCCGCAGCAGUCACAAGCUGGAGAUAAAUGUUGAGGGAGACUCCAUACUUGCCAGGCUCCUUCGAAAAACCAUCGGAGCUCUGAACACCACCUCAGAUACAGAAGUGGAGACAAACAACAUGCCCUGCCUGCCCCGACCCGUGGGCCUGUCUGCCAGCGGCUACUUUAGAGCCUCACUGCCAACCUUCCUGCUUAUGUGUGUCUGCCUAGCUCAGGCCUUUGGCUACCGACUCCGCAGAGUCAUCGCAGCCUUCUACUUCCCCAAGAGAGAGAAGAAGCGGGUUCUCUUCCUCUACAAUGAGUUACUGAGGAAGAGAUCAGCUUUCACAAAGCUGAGGAGGGCGGCCAUUGUCCGGCGGGCACGGCAGCAGACCGCUCCACGCCACCCCCUGGUGGACGCGCUGUACCGCCGGUGCCCGCUCCUGCGCCGCUUGACGCGUCGGCGCUGCGUGGUGUGCCAGGCACUAGAAACGCCCGAGUCCUACGAGUGUCCCACGCCGGACUGCAAGGCCCUGUAUUGCCGGUCGUGCUGGGACGACAUGCAACGGCAGUGCCCGGUGUGCACGCCCCGCGAGGAGCUCUCUUCAUCCGCCCACAGCGACAGCAACGACGACGCUGUAUAUGGCGAAUGAAGGGGAUGCUGCCCAUCUUCUUGUUUAAUAAAGUGUGAUGCACGCUUCUGCGGCUGGUGCUUCUCAGGGAUCGGGGACUGGGUGAGCCGGAAGAAUGGGCCCGCACAACCCGCACGAAGUCGGGCCACAGACUGGACC